AUGUCUACGAAUACCAAAUACACGGCAGCCGCGCAGCGAGACUCCCUGGACGACACGGCGCAUUACUCCCAGGCCCCGCCAUCGUACGCCGACGAACCUUCCGCAUCCGCAGACUCUGCUCUCCUAGGAGGAGGAGCCCCAAGAAGCAGCGAGGACAAUAUUCCAGAUGAUUUUAAGUUCGGCGGUUCUGUCGCGGAGGCGACUAUUGAUAUCCGGAUGGCGUUUGUGAGGAAGGUGUAUGCCAUUCUGACUGUCCAACUCGUUGCCACAGCGAUCUUGAGCUCUCUCUCGUUCUUCAGUGUCACAUACAAAGACUGGAUUCAGAGUAAUCAGUGGAUGAUGUGGGUUUCGCUUUUCGGAGCCAUAGGAUUUAUGCUCUUGACGUAUUGGAAGCGAAAGUCCUAUCCUACGAACCUUCUCUUCCUGAGCGGCUUUACUGCCCUUGAAGCCUAUUCCGUAUCCGUCAUCGUAUCGUUCUAUCAAUCUCGAAUCGUACUCCAGGCAGUCCUUCUCACAGCGGGUAUCUUCAUUGCUUUGACGCUGUUCGCAUGCCAAACGAAGUACGAUUUUACGUCAUGGAUGCCAUAUUUGUUUGGUGGUCUAUGGGGUUUAAUUCUGUUUGGAUUCAUGGCUAUGUUCUUCCGCGGGAACACCUGGGUUGAGCUUGCAUAUUCGGGAAUCGCAGCCUUGAUAUUCUCUGGUUACAUUCUCGUUGAUACACAACUUAUCAUGAGACAUUAUCACGUCGAGGAGGAAAUUGCUGCUGCAAUCAGUCUUUACCUUGACAUUAUCAACUUGUUCCUCUCUAUUCUAAGGAUCCUCAACAGCUCCCAGAACAACUAA